GCCCCAUGGCUGAGGGGCCUCCGCCGCGCUCGCCCGGCCGAAAGGUCCAGGCUCCCCACCCCUCUCGAAACGCCGCAGGUACUAAACAAAAAAGUACCUCAAAACAAGAAGAUGCUUCUAAAAGGAAAGCAGAGCUAGAAGCAGCUGUGAGAAAGAAGAUUGAGUUUGAGAGAAAAGCUCUACGUAUUGUUGAACAGCUUUUAGAAGAAAAUAUUACAGAAGAAUUCUUAAUGGAAUGUGGGAAGUUCAUCACGCCUGCUCAUUACAGCGAUGUUGUGGAUGAACGCUCUAUUAUCAAACUCUGUGGUUAUCCUUUAUGUCAGAAGAGACUGGGAAUUGUACCAAAACAGAAAUAUAAAAUCUCUACCAAAACCAAUAAAGUCUAUGAUAUUACUGAAAGAAAGUCUUUCUGCAGCAAUUUUUGUUACCAAGCAUCUAAGUUUUUCGAAGCACAAAUUCCUAAAACUCCAGUAUGGGUUCGAGAAGAAGAAAGGCAUCCUGAUUUUCAUCUGCUAAUGGAAGGACAAAGUGGCCAUUCUGGAGAAGAAGUACAGUUAUGCAGUAAAGCCAUUAAAACAUCAGAUAUUGACAGUCCCAGCCAUUUUGAAAAGCAAUAUGAAUCUAGUUCUUCUAGCACUCAAAGUGAUAGUAGCAGUGAUAGUGAGCAAGACUUCGUUUCCUCCAUUCUACCAGGAAACAGACCAAAUUCAACAAGUAUCAGGCCACAGCUGCACAAAAAAAGCAUGAUGAGAAAGAAAGCUGGUCACAAAGCUAGCUCCAAAUACCAAGACAAAGAACAGAUAGUAGUAGAUCUCACUGAGCAGUUAGGCAAUUGCAGAUUGGAUAGUCAGGAGAAAGCUGCUACAUGUGAACUUCCUGUACAGAAGGUAAAUACUCAGAUUUCUUCAGAUAGUCCUUUGCUUGGAAGAUUAGAACCUUCAGAAAAUUCUGAAAAUAAAUACAGUAGAUCAGAAAUUACUCUAGUAGGCAUAAGUAAGAAAAGUGCUGAGCAUUUUAAGAGAAAAUUUGCCAAAUCAAACCGAGUUUCUAGAUCAAUUUCUAGCUCAGUGCAGGUGUGUCCUGAAGUUGCAAAGACAAGCUUACUUAAAGUUUUAAAGGAGACUUUGAUUGAGUGGAAGACAAAAGAUACUUUGAGGUUUUUGUAUGGCCAAAAUUAUGCUUCUGUGUGUCUGAAACCCUCUUUGGCCUCUCCAAUUAAAGAGCAACUUGAUGAAGAUGACAUAAUCUCUGACCAGGAUAGUCAUUCCCCUGCCUGGAGGGAACCUCAGAGCAGUUUAGAUGAGUCUUUACCCUUUAAGGACUCAGAUACAGCCAUUAAACCAUUGCCAAGCUAUGAGAACUUGAAAAAAGAAACAGAAAGAUUAAAUUUAAGAAUCAAGGAGUUUUAUAAAGGACGAUAUGUUUUGAAUGAAGAAACUGCCAAAUCACAAGACUCAGAAGAGCACGAUCCCACCUUUCCACUGAUAGAUUCAAGUUCCCAGAACCAGAUCAGGAAACGCAUCGUACUUGAAAAAUUGAGUAAAGUAUUGCCUGGACUUUUGGGUCCUCUUCAGAUUACAUUGGGAGAUAUUUAUACACAACUUAAAAAUCUUGUCCGAACUUUCAGGUUAACAAAUAGAAAUAUUAUUCACAAACCUGCGGAGUGGACUUUAAUCGCUGUGGUGGUAUUGUCAUUGCUGACCCCGAUUCUUGGCAUUCAGAAGCAUUCUCAAGAAAAUGUGGUGUUUACACGGUUUAUAGCCACCCUGCUUGAAGAAUUACAUCUAAAAUAUGAAGACCUUGAAAGUUUAACCCUAAUAUUUAGAACCAACUGUUAACCAGAGUGAUAUAGUCCAUGAAGACAGAAUAGAAGAUGAACCCUUAGUCCUCAUUUUUGGAAUUCUAACCACCCUGAUGGUCUGGAGGUGACUGACAACUUGCUUUAUUCCAAGACAGACCUUUGCCUCCUUAGGUUUCAACCCUCCCCCUCCUAGUCCCUCAGUUCCUAACUGCAGAGACUGACUUCCCCAGAUAAAAGAGAACCCUAACUCCAUCAAGGAUAACCAAGUCUCUGCAUCCCUAGCUACAAGAUACAGUAUUUUUAUUUGAAAAUGAAAGUUGAAGUAUUAAGUUGAAACUUGAGUGAAUAUUCAAGAAAA